AUGAGGAAAGGGAGAAGAACGGCAAGAGGCGAGGGCUCCAAGCCGGCCAGGCCGAGGAAGGGAGGCGGCCGCUCGGCCGUCCCGAGACUCUUCACCAUCACCGAAGAAGAUGAUGGGCACAAACGGAGAGAUGGUAGGAGGAGGAAGACCAAAGCGUCUUUCUAUAAAUCAGACGAUGGCAGGAUGUCUUCACCCGCCGGGGCCAGCUCGUCGCUCUCCGGACGGGCCCACUCCCCCGCCCUGACCUCCACGCCCACCCCGACGGGCACCAGCGGCAGCCCCAAUAACAGCGCGGCGGGGCCCAAAAUAGAUUCUUCGCUCUUCAAUAAAACCGACGAGAGGCUGAGGCUGGCCCGGGAGCGUCGAGAGGAACGCGAGAAACACAAUGCCACCAAAGAGGCCGAGUGGCAGGCCCGAGAGGAGCGUGCCAGGCGCCACUACGAGAAGCAUCUGGAGGAGAGGAGAAGGAAGCUGGAGGAGCAGCGCAUAAAGGAGGAACAGAGACGCCUGGCUGUGGAGGAGAAGCGGCGGCAGAAGCUGGAGGAGGACAAGGUUCGUCAUGAAGCCGUGUUGCGGCGGACCAUGGAGCGGGGUCAGGCCAGCAGACCCAAGGCCAACCGCUGGUCCUGGGGAGGCCCAGUGCGCCCCGGCACGCCCACCGAUGCUGAGCGCAGGUCGGCGUCCACGGUGAACUUAUCCAAACAGCACGACUCCGUCAUUACCAAGCGCCUGUCGUCGUCCUCCGCCACGCUCCUCCACUCGCCUGACCGAGGUCUUCGCCGCCUUCCCCUGACCCCGUGGGAAAGCAACGUGGUGAACCGGCUGCAACAGCCCACACACUCCUACCUGGCACGCAGCCGCAGCGCCAUGAGUCUCUCGGGAGAGCAAACGGUGUCGUGCCACCACACGGGCUCGGCGUCCUUCAAGACCCCGCCGGGCCGCCCGCUGUCUCACAGCCGCAGCCACGAUCGCAGCCUCGCCAGGGAGACGGCUUCGUCGGCGCCGGCGCGCAGGAGGACCACCGGCACGCCGCAGACGCCACAGAAGAACCGCGACUCUGUCAGGAAGUCAUGGAACAACCUGUCGCUGCCUCUCGGCCCCUCGCUCACCUUACCCCUCAAAUUGCGUUCCUCGUCACCCAUCAAAAGGAACACCAAAGUAACAGCGCCCUCUCCUGGAAGGCCCUCUCAGAAUAUCAUAGGACGCCCCCCGACCCCCAAGAUGCUCAAGUCCCCUGUGGCAGAGGACCCCGGAAACCUGCGCCCUCUCAAGGUGUUGCCUGAGAUUCCGCAGCCGUCUAACCCCGUCCAAAGCCAAGAAGCGGAGGAUGAGCAGGUCCUCAGCCCUCCCCGUCCAGCGGAACACAUUAAGGCUGCAACCGGCGAGCCAUCCCCGAAGACUUCUGCCGGGACCACAGAUCGAGAGGAAGCCAGCCGCAUCCUCGCCGAGAACCGGCGGCUGGUCCGCGAGCAGAGAGAACGGGAGGAAGAGGAGCGAAAGCUGCAGGAGGAGCAGGCCAGGCUAGCUAAGGAGGAGAUGGCUCGUCGCAAGGCCGAGGAGCGAGCGAAGCGAGAGGAGGAGGCCCAGCGGCAAGCGGAGGAGAGGAAGCUGAAAGAAGAGGAGGAGAGAGGGCUGAAGGAACAGGAGGAGAGAAGGAUGGAGGAGGAGCGCCUCCGGCAAGAGAGAGAGGAGGCCGAGAGAGCUCAGAAACAGCGCGAGGAGGAAGAGUCUCGGCAGAAGGAGGAGACGGACAGACUCAGGCAGGAGAGGGAGAAGCACUUCCAGAAAGAGGAGGCCGAGCGGCUGGAGAGGAAGAAGCGACUGGAGGAGAUCAUGAAGAGGACCAGACGCUCGGACGCCUCGGACAAGAAAGCAACGCCCAGCAAGAACACAGACGACCCAGCGGCCGUCGCCUCUCCGGGCCCGUCCCAAGGGAGCCCCGCCUCCAGCCCGCAUAGCAACGGUUGCCAAGCGGACCCCAACUUGAACACCAGCAGCACUUCCACGCACAGCGCUCCCAUGCAAAGGGAGAACGGAGAGUUUGACGAAGAGCUUCUUGAACCGCCUGCACAUUCCAGGUUGAAGCGAGACGACGAAGAGCAAAAGAUGGACGAGGAUGAUGCUGUGGUGGCCUUCAAGGAGAACGGCCUCUCAAAGCCUCACAGCGCCGCGCUGCCGGACGACAUCACGGCCCAGCAGGGAGCAGGAUGACGUCGACGCGGCCACGGACGAGCAGGAAGGAAGGCGCUUGGAUGAAGGCACGAAACGCUUGGAGCCUUCCGGGAGGCACUGAUCCACGUUUCCUCCAAGACGGUAACUCCAAAGAUCGCCCUUACAAAUCUCACGAGGGGAUGCUUUCAUGGAGGCAGACUGUUUUUGCAACUUUUUUUUUUUUUUGGGGGGGGGGGGGAUCAACCACCAAAGGGGUGUAUACUAUAGUUGAGAUUUACUGCAGUGACGACGGCAAACCCAGAUGAGUUGUAAAGUCUUUAAUUCAGUUUUUUUUUUUUUUCCUCGCUUGUUGGACAGCCAGCGUCGGCAAAUCGGGUUUGAACGCGUACAGAAAUGUCGCGAGAGACGCUUUGUGUCUCCUCACGUAUUUAAGAUGCUCGCCGGGUUGAACUCGGAUUGUUGCUGGUUUUCUUAGUUGAGCCACUUACUGGAACGUAAUCGCUGGAAAGCAAACUUUUGGUUGGCUUGAUGUAAAUCUCAUAACUUUGGUCCGGCGGGGGGAAAUUUUGGAACACGUGCUGCUAAUUAUUUUCGGACGCCUUACCAUGUAUGAAAUUAAGACGAUAACUUUUUGCACUCGGGCCUACGUGGACGGUGAGGAAUCGAGCUGACAGAAGAGCAUCGAAGCCAUUCCAGAACUAAUAUAUGAGAGUCACUCUAUUUUACUAAGAAUGAGCAGAGCAAAGAUAAGAAACUACUCCAGCUGUAUUAUUUGAAAAUAAAUCUCUUGGACAUGUUA